GGGGGGCUCGGAGGGCGCCCUGUGCGCGGAGCAGGCGUGAGGCAGCCGGGGGCCGGGACGCCAUGUCCAUGGAGGACCCCUUCUUUGUGGUGAAAGGAGAGGUACAGAAAGCAGUCAACACUGCCCAGGGAUUAUUUCAGAGAUGGACAGAGCUCCUCCAGGACCCUUCCACAGCAACGAGGGAAGAAAUCGACUGGACCACCAACGAGCUGAGAAACAACCUCCGGAGCAUAGAGUGGGAUCUCGAGGACCUUGACGAGACCAUCAGCAUAGUUGAAGCAAACCCUAGAAAAUUCAACCUUGAUGCAACUGAAUUGAGUAUAAGAAAAACCUUCAUCACAAGUACUCGGCAAGUUGUCAGGGACAUGAAGGAUCAGAUGUCAGCUUCAUCUGUGCAGGCAUUAGCAGAACGAAAAAAUAGACAGGCACUUCUAGGGGACAGUGGCGGCCAGAACUGGAGUGCGGGAACGACGGACAAAUCCGGGCGCCUGGACCACGAGCUCCAGCUGGCCAACUCCCAUUUCAUCGAGGAGCAGCAGGCUCAGCAACAGUUGAUCGUGGAGCAGCAGGAUGAGCAGUUGGAGCUGGUCUCUGGCAGCAUCGGGGUGCUGAAGAACAUGUCCCAGCGCAUCGGAGGGGAGCUAGAGGAACAGGCGGUUAUGUUGGAUGAUUUUUCUCAUGAGUUGGAGAGCACUCAGUCUCGGCUAGACAAUGUGAUGAAGAAACUUGCAAAAGUAUCUCACAUGACCAGUGAUCGGCGCCAGUGGUGUGCCAUCGCCAUCCUCUUUGUGGUCCUGCUGGUCGUGCUGGUCUUCUUCUUAGUGCUGUGACGGCGGCCCGGCAUGGCUCCUCCUGCUCACGAACCCCAGGGGAGGCGGGAAGCAGCACCCCAGCGUUGCCGUCUCUUUACACUCCUCUCUGGAAAACACAGCCUGCACUGACUUCCCUCCUUGUGACCCCACCACUGAGACAGCUGCUCUGACCCGGCACUGGCAGGGCCGCUGGGAAGAGGAAGCGACGACUGUGCGCUCCCGGGGCCGCCUGUCCUGUUCCGAGGACGGCUCGGCACUGCUUUGCCUCCGGGGCCUUGGGCCCCCAGGACAGCCUCUGAGGAAUCCGGAAAAGUUUGCAGACUCCACUAGCGCUUGCUUUUGCUCAUUCCAUCCAUCUUUGGCAGCUCCCCCCGCCUCCCCCCCAGCUCGGACAGCACACCGCUGUCGCAUCCCCGAGAGCACCAUCGGGAGUGCAGGCUCCCGGGCAGGUCUCAUUUCCCAUUGCGGCAGCGGCCCUUGGCCCCCCGAGAGCUGGCUGCUAAUGGGGACGCUAGGCCCAGAAGCAGUUUGUGACAAAAAACGCAGUGAUCCAUUUUUCAGGGAUAAGUGCUGGGAUAAAAUUGCUUUUCCAGGCUCGUUAUUCUGUGGUAGAAAUAACUAAUGGAAAAUAACGGAAAGCACUAGACUUUGGGGGUGCUAACAGCUGGUGGCUUGAACCGAGGGGAGGAGAGGGCAGCAGGACCCAGGGUUUGCACAGCUGAGGGAAGGGUGGGUGAGGUUGCCGGAGGUCAGAGCCUUGCCAAAUUCAUGUUGCUGUCCUGGUGCACCCUGUAUUUUGAGGACGCCCCUUACCCAUAUGGCGCAGCUCAGCUGCACACUUGGAUGGUCUGGAUCCGGGGCCAGUCUCAUGGCCGGUUAGGUCAUUCCCGUGGCACUCUGCAUUGGAGGUGGGGGGGGUGGUUAGUACAUUGGGAGUACGGCGACACUCAGAAACCAUAAUGACCAAAAAGGCUAGUUCUGGACCGGACUUUUCUUACCCUGUGAGUAAUGGCAAGAAUGGGUAGGUGAACUUGGGUGGGGUUUUUUUUUUUUCCCCUAAGAUGACAACUCAGUUUUUUUAUCAUCCAGCCAAAUAACUGAGCCAAUCCAAAUUUAAAGAACGGAUGCUUUAAUUGAGUUUUAGUAGCUGAAACUGCUGAGAUGCUAAACUUCAAGCUUCCGAUGAUUUUUUAAACGCCUCCAGCGUCCCGGCGUCUGUAGGAUAUUUUUAUAACCUCCCCGAUGCCGUCACCGAUAUGGAAGCAGCAGCUGACCCGGAGCCCUGCGGCAGGGGCCACGCUCUCCCCCUCCACCUUCUGCACUUGGAAAGCACAGCAACGUCUGCAUAGAGCUCUAGCUUUGACUUCCUGUUUCCUCAUCUGUUGGGGCCCAUUCCACAGCGCACUCUUUUUUUUUUUUCCUUUUUUUCAUGUUUUGUCUGUAUUUGUUGGGGUUUUUUGUUUGUUUAUUUGCUUUGGGCUUCCUCCCCCCCUUUUUUGUGAUUUACAAUGAUGUACUUGCCCAGCUGACUUAUGAAUUGCACUUUUUAAUAAAUACUUGUAACAAUUUUUU